AUAGCCCGCGAAAAGACUCUUGUUGAAGCACAACUGCAACGUGAUCUGCUCGCCACCCAAGUGUCCAGUGGACCAUCGAACGAGGGAGAUGCUAAGCCGCAGGAUGAGAUCAUUAAUGAAAUGACGACAAAGCUAUGCGAUAGGAUCAAUUCUAUUAAGACUUAUGCGGAUCUGUCAAGAGCUCAGUUGGAGAACGAUCUGUCUAAUGCCAAUCGAGAGUUGGAGCAAAUGCGUAUGCGCUACGAGAAUGCGGAAGCGGCAAGAAAAGCUCUAAGUGAGAAAUAUAAAAAUGCCUUAGAAGGUUACGACGAGACACUCUCAUCUCCUCUUCGUAGACUGAAUUUGACCGUUACACCGGGAAGAAGAAACACAGACAGCAUGACCGCACGAAAGAAGAAGGAACGACGUCAGACGAUGUUUACGCCCAAAAGUACGGCAGGUCGUAAGUCUCGAGCUUUCAGACCAGUUUUGUUCGAUGAUAGUGCAGUAGAAGAUGAUGCUAAGGCUCAGGGGAAUAUUGAACAAGAUGAAGACAUGGUAGAAGAACGCGAGCUUCUACGCCUUGAGAUGGAUAACAAUCGCUUAUCGCAAAUACUCAGCGAAAAGGAUUCACAGAUUGAAGGGCUC